AAACAACGGGGCACAAAUAAUAUAAAAGCUCAUUUAUUAUCAGGCAGACAAAUUUGUUGCGAUUGUGGCAGUACAGUAGACCGGUGGAUAUACUUUCAUUCCGUUUUAAUUUAGAUUUGACAAUUUCAAAGUCUAACGGGAUAGGUCAUCAGUUUUCCAAUAGUUUUCUUUUUUUAACGACGUCUUUAAUUUAUUUGUUUGCAACAUGCUGACAUUAACGAUAAUAGCAGCCGUCAUCGGCAGUGCGCUGACCGCAGGCUAUCAGGCGCCAACUCCCUACGCAGCAGCUCCCGCCUACACGGCACCGGCAUCCUAUUCACCUCCGGCUUACCAAGCACCGGCGUCCUAUUCACCUCCGGCUUACCAAGCACCGGCCGCACCGACUUACUCGCAGUCCACGUACUCUGCAUCCUACUCUGCCCCGGCGCAGCCGGCAUACUCCUCCUAUUCCGCGCCACCCACCUACCAGUCUUCCUAUACCGCGCCGGCGACGUCCUACUCGGCGCCCCCCACCUAUCAAGCAUCCUACUCCGCGCCGGCUCAGCCAGCGUAUUCAUCAUACUCCGCGCCGCCGACCUACCAGGCCCCCUACUCCGCACCAGCCCAGCCGGCCUACUCCUCGUACUCGGCACCCCCGACUUACCAGCAGCCAGCGUACACCGCACCGGCCAGCUACCAGUCCUCUUACAGCAACUACUCCAAACCCGCUUAUCCAUCGUACAGCAACUACUCCAAGCCGGCCUACCAGCAGACCUACACCCAGCAGACCUACAGCUCAUACGCCGCCCCCGCCUACCAACAGCCGGCUCCGUCCUACCACGCCUACGGUGCGCAGACCUACCAGAAACCGGCCGUUACCUAUGAACAGCCAGCCUACCAGCAGUCUUAUCAGCAGCCGGCCUACCAACAAUCUUACCAGCCAGCCUAUCAGCAACCAUCUUCCUACCAACAACCUGCAUCUUACCAACAAUCCUACCAGCCAGCGUACCAAGCGCCUGCUCCCACCUAUCAGUCGCCGCCGGCUUACCAGCCCGCCUAUCAGGCUCCAGCUGCCACCUACCAAGCCCCCACUCCCAGCUACUCUCAGUCUUACACCGCGCCCGCGCCCGCCUAUCAAGCGCCAGCGACCUACCAGGCUGCUCCGGCUUACACCCAGACCACCUACAAGCAGACUUCCUACAGCUACCAGGCCCCGCCGUAUGUACUAAUACUGACCUUUACAGUGAUAGCUGCGGCUACCGCUCAGACGUACGACAGCAACUACAACGCGGCUCCGGCAUACAACCAGCAGUACAGCCAAUCCUACGCCGCCCCGGCGUCCUAUUACGGCCAAACCCCCUCGUACUCCCCCAACUACCAGGCCUCCUACACGCCCCAGUAUCCUAACUACUACAACUACUACAACCGCUACGCCGGCUACAUCCCGCCCGUCGGCUACCAGGGCUCGUCCCCGUCGUAUGCCUCGUACCAGGACACCGGAUACUCAGGUUAUCAGGGCUAUGGAGCGUAUCAAAUGGGCUACGGAUACGGUGUGGCUAACUACGGAUCCGGUAAUUACCAGGGCCAGCAGUAUCAGGGCGGAUACCAGGGCGGUUACCAGCAGGCCAGUCCUUCCUACGGACAACAGUAUCAAGGAGCGUCCUACUGAGCCGACUACCGCGCCUGGUUCAGCAGUGUCUGUUACGGCAUAUUGAUAGUGUUUUUGUUUUGGAUAAGGAUGCGGAAUAUUUGGUUGUUAUCUUCACUGUUAGUUGUCAGGGCGUUUUGCCCAUAUUUGUCUACUCUAAAAUAAAACCUUCGGGUCAACCGACAGAAAAA